AUGAAGUUCACCACUGUGUUCAGCGCAUUGACUUUACCUUUCUUGGUUUCUGCUCAAGCUCAAGGUUUAUAUUCCAAAGAUUUAAACGUGUUUGAAUUAGAUACAACAAAUUUUAAUCAAGUUGUUAUGGAAUCUAAUCAAACAACAAUUGUUGAGUUCUAUGCACCAUGGUGUGGUCAUUGUCGUCAAUUAAAACCUCAUUAUUCCAAAGCAGCAAAGCAAUUGAAAGAUAUUGUUCAAGUUGGUGCUGUUAAUUGUGAUUAUGCAAAGAAUAAAAAUCUUUGUUCAAAAUAUAAAAUUGAAGGUUAUCCAACAAUCAUGGGGUUUAGACCACCAAAAGUUAAUUUAGAUAAAGUUGAAAAUUUAAAAUAUACUCAUGCAACAGAAAAAUAUUCAGGUGCAAGAACUGCAAAAGGUAUAGUAGAUUUUGGUCUUGGUAGAAUUAAAAAUUAUGUUAAAAGAAUUGCAACAGAGGAUAAAUUAAAUGAAUGGUUAAAUAAAUCAUCUCCAAGACCUAAAACCGUGGUUUUCACAAGAAAGGAUAAAUUAGCACCAUUAUUAAAAUCAAUUGCUAUUGAUUUAUUAGGUAUUGUAGAUAUUGCUUAUUUCCCAUUGAGAGAUCGUGAAGUUGGAAUUUUUGAAAAAUAUGAUAUUGAUCCAAAAGGUGAUAAAGCUGUUGUUUUCUAUUUUGAUUCAAAGACAAAUGAACCAAUAAGAAAUACUUCAGGAUUGAGUAAAUUAGAAUUAUUCAAAUUUUAUCAACAAUUUAAUGAAAUUCAAUCACAAUUAGAUGAAGUUUUAGAAAAAUCUGAAUAUUUGAAUAAAGUUCAAAAAGGUGAGAAAAUCACUAAGAAAUCUAAAAAAAAUGGUAAGAAAAGUAAAUCAGAUACUUUAGAUCAUGAUGAAUUAUGA